GACAGUUCGAAAAUUGAAGGCUUACAAAAAUGGGGAUCGAUAAAGAUGCAGUAAUCGAGCACAGAGCGUAUGCUAGGGUGGGUUUGUUGGGCAAUCCCAGCGACGUCUACUACGGGCGCACCAUAUCAUUCACCCUCGCCAACUUCUGGGCUUCCGUCAAACUCCAGCCUUCCGAUCAUUUGAUGAUCCUUCCUCACCCCGCACAUGAUCUAGUUCAAUUCGACUCUCUCCCUCACUUGGUUAAUCGGCUCUCUACCGAUGGUUACUAUGGAGGAGUGCGUCUGCUGAUGGCGAUCUGUAAAAUCUUUCACAAUUAUUGCAAGGAAAACAACAUAAGUUUACAUGAGGGGAAUUUUAAGUUGUCUUAUGAUACCAACAUACCUCGCCAGGUAUUGCGUAUGAUCUUCCUCACUGGGCUUUCUGGUUCUAGUGCUAUUGUAUGUGCUGCUCUUAGCUGCCUACUUGACUUCUAUAAAGUCAGGCAUCUGAUAAAAGUGGAAGUCCGGCCAAACCUUAUCCUUAACGCAGAGAAAGAACUUGGUAUCGUUGCUGGACUUCAGGAUAGGGUAGCCCAGGUCUAUGGAGGCCUUGUCUACAUGGAUUUUGACAAGAAACUCAUGGACGAUUUAGGACAUGGGAACUAUACGCCCAUGGAUCUGAAUCUUCUACCACCGCUCUACCUCAUCUAUGCAGAGAACCCAAGCGACUCUGGGAAGGUUCACAGCACAGUCAGACAAAGGUGGUUAAAUGGUGAUGAGUUUAUCAUAUCAUCGAUGAAGAAGGUUGCAGAUAUUGCAUUAGAAGGAAGGACCGCAUUGAUUGAAAAGGACCAUGCUGAACUCGCAACCCUCAUGAACCGUAACUUUGAUUUGCGAAGAGAAAUGUUUGGCGACGAAGCUCUUGGGGCUAUGAACAUAGAGAUGGUUGAAAUCGCAAGGCGAGUAGGUGCUGCGUCAAAGUUUACAGGCAGUGGAGGUGCUGUCGUUGUGUUCUGCCCUGAAGGCUCUUCACAAGCAAGCCUUUUGGAGGAUGCAUGCAAGAAAAUUGGUUUCGCCUUCCAACCACUUGAAGUUAAGCCAUCUAUGCUAACUCAAGAAGAUCUUGAAACUAUGUCAUCGAAAUGAAUUACACAUGUAACCUAUAUUCCCUUUGCUUUUUUGUCUAUACUUGUUUGGCAUGUCUGGUUUUGUCUGGUUUCCACUUCAUUUAGAUGAGAUGAUCGUUCCAAGAUAUGUCUGAGGUUUUAUGCAAUCUUGUUAAGACUAUACCUAGUUUUUCAACUGUAUUCUUCACCACAAUAAUCUUUGUAACUACCGUUUAUUAUAUACAAAUCACAAUCCUUUUAUUA